AUGGACGGUACUAAUAGCUGCGAGUUCCCACCCGGAUUUCUGGAAGAGAGUCGUGUUCCCCAGAUCGUUGCAGGCAACGCAGCAGUGCAGACUCUUGGGUGCCUUGUGUUCUUCGCCCGUGUAUACUCUCGUGCGUUCCUGAUCGGCACUUGGAAAAGCGAAGAUUGGGCUCUGUCGGCAGCAUGGCUGCUGGCCACGGGGUACUCAAUAUGUCAGUAUGGCCAGGUCAGCCAUGGUUCCGGACGUCACCUUGCUGCGACUCCUAGCAUGAAGGAUGCCAUGACGGGCCAGAAGUACGCUUACGCGGCGCAAAUCUUCCUCAUCCUUGGGAUUCCUAUGCCCAAAGUCAGCAUGUGUCUCUCCUACCUGCGAAUCUUCUACUCGGACAUAGUCGGGCGGCGCCUCAUCUACGGCCUGCUGGUUACACUGGCACUAACGAUGAUAUCGUUCCUGAUGGAAGCUUUCUUUACCUGCUCACCAUUGAGUCUGUAUUGGAACGAGCUGCGACCUACAGACAAAUGUCUCAAAGACAUAUCGACGCUUUACAUCCACGGGAGCUUGAACCUGGCGAUUGAUGUUGCAUUGAUGGGCAUUCUCAUUCCACGAAUCCUCAACUUGAAACUCAACAAGCGACAGAAGGGGGUGCUAAUCGUCAUCGUUUUGUUGGGGUCACUGUCUGUUGCUGCAGGAAUCGUUCGGCUGGUGCGCGUCGGCACGACAUUGGCCAAAGCCAACAGUGCGACGAAGCAAUUUGACCCGCCGUGGGAUAUGUACGAUGUUUCUAUCUGGACUUCGACCGAGAUCUAUGUUGCACUCAUAUGCGCGGCGGCGCCAGGAAUCAAGCCGCUCGUCAGCAUGUUGCUGCCCAAGUUGCUGGGAACAAGCCUUCGCAGUCGGUCCAAAACCACUGGAGGAUCUCAUGCAUACGAACUGCAUUGCAAGAUGAAGCGGUCGACUCUCGGGACGACGACGCUGACCUCGGCGCAUGGGCCGUACUCGAAGAUGUCGAAAGUGUACAGCGCAGCGAAGCACGACGAGGAGAGCUUGGACGGCAAAAGCGACGUGGACGAGAGAUGCAACCGCGUCAGAGCAGACGGCAUCAUGCGAAAUACGAGCGUGGUGAUAACGUCUGAGCAGCGGGCGUAG